UUUCCGGGGCCGCUCUAUCCCUCCAUUCUCGUCUCGGUGGUUUCCGGGGCCGCUCCGUCCAACCCCGCCCCGUCUCUGUGGCCCCUCGGCGGCCAUGGCAGCUCUGGCGGCUCUCGGGGCUCCCCCGGUCCCCAAAAUCUUCGCCACGAUGGAGGAGGGCCCGAUCCCCGGCGGGACCAACCCGGGAGAGGCGUGGCUGGAGUCCCACGGGCGCAGCCUCGGACACUUUGUGGACGGGACGUGGCUGAAGCCGCCGGGACGGGCGAGCCUGGAGUGCCAGGAGGCCAGCACAGGCCGGCCGGUGGCCGCGGUGCCAGCCGGGGACAGCUCGGACGUGGCCGUGGCUGUGGCGGCGGCCGCAGCAGCAGCCGAGGGCUGGGCGGGGCUGGGGGCGCCCCAGAGGGGGCAGCGCCUGAGCCGGCUGGCCGCUCUGGCCGCUGAGCGCCGGGGGGCGCUGGGGGCGCUGCUGGCCCUGGCCGGGGCGCGGCCGCUGUGCCGGACACUGGGACCCGACCUGGAGCUGGGGCUGCGGCUGCUGCGGGCGCCCGCGGGGGGCGCCCAGCUCGGGCCCCCCGGCCUGGAGGGCUGGACACCCCUGGGGGUGGUGGCCGUGGUGCUGGCGGGGCCCUGCUCGCUGCCGGCCCUGCUCUGGAAACUGGGGCCACUGCUGGCCAUGGGGAACACGGCGCUGGUGCUGUGCCCGCCGCCCGCGGCGCCGCCGGUGCUGCUGCUGGCGGAGCUGGGCGGGGAGGGGGCGGCGCUGCCCCCCGGGGUUCUCAACGUGCUGACGGGACCCCCGGCGCUGAGCCGCGCCCUGCGCGCCCACCCCGAGCUGGCGGCGGUCACCGUGCUCGGAGCCCCGCAGGAGGAGCUGCCGGCGCUGCUCUGGGGGUCUCCGUGCCGCGGGCCGCGCCUGGGGGCUCCCCGCGGGGGUCGCACCGUCUGCGUCGUGCUGGAAUCCGCCGACCUGGACAGCGCGGCCGCCGCCAUCGCCGCCAGCGCCGCCGCGCCCCCGGCCCUGCUGCCGGCCGGGGGCUGCCUGGUGCUCGCCCAGGACUCGGUGCUGCCGGCGCUGGAGCGGCGCCUCCGGGCCCGGCUCGAGGGGCUGCGGCUCGGGGACCCCCUGGACCCCAAAACUGAGGCGGGGCCGCUGCCCCCCGGGACCCCCGUGCCUGAGGAGCUGGUGCGGGAGGCGCGGGAGGAGGGGGCUCAGGUGUUCCAGGCGCCGCUGCCGCAGGGCGGGGGUCGUUUCUUCCCCCCCACGCUGAUCUCGGGGGUGGCCCCGACCUGGCGCUGCCUGCGGGAGCCGGCGCCGGGGCCGCUGCUGCUGCUGCUGCCCGUGCGCGGCCCGGCCGAAGCCGUGGCCGUGGCCUCGGCGCUGCCCCGAACCGCGGCCGCCGCCGUCUGGGCUCAGGACGUCACCGUGGCCUUGGACACGGCCGACAGGCUGCCCCAGGGGCUGGUGUGGCUCAACGCCCUGGACCUGCUGGACCCCAGCGGGGGCUGCGCCGGGGGGGCUGCGGACGCCGACCUGGAUGAGGCGCUGCGAGAGUUCGGGUGCCCCCCCUGGGAACAGCCCCCCAAGGUGGAUGAGCCGCUCAGCCCCCCGGUGACCGCGGAUGACCCCGCUGACCCCGAGCUGGCUCAGGCCGUGGCUGCCGCCCGCGGGGCCGCCCCACGGUGGGGGCGGCUGCCGGGGGCGUCGCGGGCCCGGUUGUUGCGGGAGGCGUCGGCGGCCCUGGCGGGGGGACACGGGACCCCCGGGGACAACGGCGACAGCGACGGGAGCGGCGACAGCGACGGGAGCGGCGACAGCGACGGGAGCCUGCAGAGGGCGCUGCUGCGCUGGGCGGCGCGCGUGGAGCGCGCGGGCGGGGCCGUGCAGGAGGUGCCCGAGGGCCGGGCCCUGGUGACGCGGCGGCCGCUCGGGGUGCUAGGCGUGGCCUGGGGCUGGCCCCGCCCCCUGGCGCCGCGGCUCCUCCUCCCGGCGCUCGCGCUCGGCAACUGCGUGGUGGUGGUGGCGCCCCCUGGCGGCGGCGGGCCCGCAGAGCGGCUGCGGAAGGCUCUGGUGGCCGCGGGGCUCCCGGGGGGCGCCCUGACGGUGCUCUCCGGGAAUCCCCGGGGAUCCGCACGUCACCUGGCGCGACAGCAGCCGGACGGGCUCUGGAUCUGCGGGGGGGCCGCGGUGCCGCUCCUGCUCCUCCUGGCCGCGCCCACCCCCAGCAGCUGCUGCUCCUUCGGCUUUAACCCCGUCAGCAGCACCUUCAGCGCCCACCUCAACAACCUGAACCCCUGGCUGCUCCUCGACUACCCCGUGGCGAUGCCCAGCAACCUGGAGCAGGACAGUGGCUGCUCUGAUCUCUGGGGGCUGCACUUCGGGGCGCUGGCUCUGCAGCGAAUGUUGGCGGUGGCAGGGAGGGAUUUGGCCCCCCUGCUCAGGAACCUCCUUGCCCAGCUCCACUUCCUGGCCGACUGUCACAUCCAGGACCCCCAGGGCUGUGUCCGGCUGGAGACGGUGAAUGUGUCGCAGCUGCUGGAGACCCUGGCGCAGCACCUGGGGGGGCUGCGAGGGAGACCCCCCCACUUUCCUGGCUGCGCCCGCUUGCGCUGCCAGCCAGGUACCCCCCCAGGUACCCCCCCGGGACCCCCAGGAGACCCCCAGCACUCCCUCAGGGCAGCUGCUGACCCCCGUGUCCCCCCAGGCGUGGCGCUGACCAGUCCGGCCGUGCGGCAGGAGGGGACCCUGGGGGCCAGGCAGGGACCCCCCAGCCCCGCCGGGCACGGGCUGGUGCUGCUGGGGGGAGUUGGGGGGGCCCUGGGCCUGGCGGCGGCGGCCUGGGUGCUGUGGAGGAGACCCUGUGCCCAGGCUGGCCUGAGCCACUGGUGAGAGGCGGGGACCCCCCAGUUCCCUGCUGGAAGCCCCCGGGGGGCUCACCGGGAUCUCCCGGAGCCACGGAGAGACGAGGGGGCCUGGCCCCGCAGAGCCCAUAAAGCUGAUGUUGACACCCUGACUCUGACCCUGACCCUGCUCGGGAGGAACUGGGACAAGCCGAAGCUGGGGCUGGGGCCACUGGCGGGGCAGGAGGUAGAGCAGGGCCAGCAGCACCAGCAGCGCCACAGCCCAGGGGGACAGCGGCACCCACGGUGA